CCAAAAAUCCAAGAUCACACACACACACACACACACACAUAUAUAUAUAUGGAAGCAUUUCAGCAUCCCAUCGGCUUACCAUUUUCCUACAGCUUCACAACCAGUACUAGUUCUUCUGCUACUCCCGAUACCAUCAGUGGUCUCCGGAUGGACACCAGGAUAUGGAGUAAACUUCCACAAAAUCUGCUUGACCGUGUGAUCGCGUUUCUUCCACCGCCGGCUUUUUUCAGAGCUCGUUGCGUCUGCAAGAGAUGGUAUGCUCUUCUUUUCUCCAACAGCUUUCUCGAGCUGUACCUUCAAGUAACACCUCGCCGCCAUUGGUUCCUCUUCUUCAAGCACAAAAGCCUCAAGAGCUACAUAUACAGGAGGGAUAACAGUGGCGGAAGCAGUGCAGGAGAUGGUGGUGGUAGACAGGAAACAAGCUGUGAAGGGUACCUUUUCGACCCUAAUGAGGUUGCAUGGUACCGACUUUCCUUCUCUUUGGUUCCUUCGGGAUUCUCUCCAGCUUCAUCUUCAGGUGGUUUAAUCUGCUGGGUUUCAUAUGAAGCUGGACCAAAGUGCAUGCUUCUCUGCAACCCAAUUCUCGGUUCUCUGACUCAGUUGCCUCCAACACUAAGAUCUCGGCUCUUCCCUUCAAUAGGCUUAGCUGUUGGCCCUUCAUCCAUUGAUGUGACUGUCGCCGGAGACGACUUGAUUUCUCCAUAUGCAGUGAAGAACUUGACUGCUGAAAGCUUUCAUAUUGAUGGUGGUGGCUUUUAUUCAAUAUGGGCUACUUCUUCUUCGCUUCCAAGGCUCUGCAGUUUCGAAUCGGGUCGAAUGGUGUAUGUUCAGGGCAAAUUCUACAGCAUGAAUUAUAGCCCUUUCAGUAUUUUAGCUUAUGAUAUAGCGGCAAACAACUGGUGGAAGAUCCAGGCCCCAAUGAGAAGAUUCCUAAGGUCUCCAAGCCUUAUGGAGAGCAACGGCAAACUGCUCUUGGUUGCAGCUGUAGAGAAGAGCAAGUUAAACGUGCCCAAGAGCUUAAGACUAUGGGGAUUACAAGCUUGCGGGACGACGUGGGUGGAGAUGGAAAGAAUGCCUCAGCAACUUUAUCUUCAGUUUGCGGAUGCGGAAGGUGGUAAUGGGUUCCACUGUGUUGGGCACGGGGAUUUCAUCGUGAUCUCCAUUCCUGGCACUAACAAAGCGUUGCUGUUCGAUAUGUGUAGAAAGAUGUGGCAGUGGAUUCCUCCAUGUCCGUACAUCCAUGGUGAUCAGGAAGAUGAUCAUGGAGGUGGUGAACUGCAUGGUUUCGCUUAUGAGCCCAGACUUGCUACUCCUGUGACCAGGCUUCUUGAUCCGUUGACGCUUCCAUUUCAUACUUUCACUGGUUAGUCAAAAAAUGUAUGGGUUUAUUUUCCGCAAAUGGCGUUUGAUCUUAGUAUCUUUGGGGUUAUUAUUGUGAUGUAGUAGCUAAAUGUCAGAAUUAUAAAUCUGAUAUGCCGUAUUUACUAUGU